AUGGUCUGCCUUCCGGCAAAAGUCGACGCCGUCAAGGCGGCUGUUGCGUCGAUAUCGAGCUGCACGCCGGCAACAGUCGUAACGCUCAAAGAACUCCUGCUGCCAGAAUCCGAAUCGCAACCGCCGAGACCAAAGCCCGCCGCCUCACGAUCCACAAAGGCUGGAGCCACGACGAAAACUAAGAGCGGUGCCGGAAGAGAAACCUCGAGCUCCCAGAGCGAGACGCUGAGUGCGCGUGAGAGGGCUGCUUUGGCCACCCACAUCAUCAAUGUCACCCUCAAGACGCUGUCCGAGGCCGCGAAGCCUCAGCCUUUGCCUACGCCGUCGAAACAACCAUCCGGCGACCUUCGAGAAGCAGCGGGCAUGCAGUCGAUUCGGAGAUCCUCCUCGGCACCGCUGUCCCCCGUGCAGCCUCGAGCGCUCAAUCGCCUUGCUGCGUCCUCCAACAUCGAAGCGAUCAACACGAAGUCACAAGCGCCAGCCCAAUCGACGGGAUGCCUUGCCACAGUAGAGUGCGCGCGACUUGCAUUUUCUGCGCUCCGAAGCAUCAAGGGCCCAACGAAGCCCGAUGAGGCCGACUUUCAGCUGGAGACGGGCAUGUCGGCGUUGGCAGGGAAGCUGCUGGCUUUGGGGAUGCACGACCAAGCUCUCAAGGAGCUGAGAGUGCUGAAGCGAAGAUUGGAUACUACCAUCACUGGGAAGCAGUCAAGCAAUGCCAGGUCAGGGUCCGAGAGCGCGACGACGACAUCGGCAAUCGCCGAUUUACUCAACCUCCAGGGCUCCAUCACAAGACAGAGCCUGGCCACCAUCACGGGCUACCAGAUGCAGGUUCUGAAGCUGGUCGCCGCGACCAAAAAGCCCUCUCACAUCGAAGCCAUUCUCCCCUACCUCGCCGAUUCGUACGCCUCGUCUCCGUUCAACCUCCUGUCCGCCCUCGCCAAAGACGGAGCCAAGGAAGCCGCAAAGGCGGCGCGCCAGAUGGCCUCCUUGUCCCAAAUUCUCCUGUCGCUUGCGCCCAGCAUUUCUAGCCAGGAAGAUGCUGUAGCUACCGAGCCCCGGCUGAGUCCAUCUCCCAGAGCUGCUUUCGAACUGCAAUCUCUAGCUUUCCGGAUCCAGCUCAAAUGGUGGAAACUGGCCGGUCAUCAGGGCAAGAUUGACAACGACGUGCUUUCGCCCUUCUCGCGCUGCAUAAGAGCUUACACACGUCGCCAGAGAUCAGACGACGGCUCCAUCUACGAAAGAGUGUCCGAAGCAUACGACGCCAUCAUGCAGCUUAUUCAUGCCCACCAAUAUCGUCCAGCAACAUCAUUUAACUCGCCUCUGGCAUCAAUACACCAAACUCUAGGGUCCAUAGCCCAGGCUGAGCGCCGAUAUACCGAAGCCCACCGCUGGUUCCUGGAAGUGAAGAGCUCGCUCACUGCCGGACAGGAGUCAUCUGUUCUCAGAUGCUCCGUGUCUGCGCGCCUCCUUGCCGUGGCACUGAAGAAGUCCGAUCUGGAUCAAACGGUCGAGCCUCUGCUCUGCGAAGUCGUUGAAGGCUUAGACGGUAGCCUCAGCGGAACAAUUGCAGAGCUGGAUGAGCUUCUCGAGAGCCUGUCUCUCGCAAGGCGUUCAGUCGUCGGCCUCCUCAUGACGUGCUUGGGGCCGAAAGCAGCCGAAAGCACCGUUCCGAAAGUCCUGAUAAGCCACCUCAAGACGUACGUCCUGAAAUAUCCGCGGUUUGUGCGCCGAUGGAUAGGACUGCCGCCUGGCAAAGACGCACCGUCGAAGCAGGUCCUUCAGUUUGAUCAGCGACGACAACAGGUUGCACAAUCCAUAGGCCAGACUCUGGAUGCUACGCUGAUGGUCCUCAAAUGCGACAUCCAGUCCGAUUCCAUGGAAUGGCAAGCAGUCGAUGAUGUCCUCCAGCACUGCGUCUCGCUUCUCGAGUGCAUGACUGCCUCUACCCUGUCCACCAAUAGAUUGGACAGUCUCGGCGGCUACUCCGUCAAGCUCUCCAGCCUUUACUUCCUCUAUUUUUCUCAGCUUCGAAAGAAAUCGGAUCGAUCCAAAGGCGAGAAUAAGCACCUCCUGCAAGCCUUGCAUCGCUCGAUCGACGUGGUUAAGAACUGCACCGAAGCCGAGAAGGAGAAGGCGCAGCUUUCAACAAAGCUGGAGGUAUUUGCUGAUAUGUGUAAGUCCUCCGGCAGGACCGAUGAUGCCAUACAGGCGUUGCGUGCCAUCUGUUCCAACAUAGCCGAGAAGGGCGCAUUGAGCGAUGUUGCUGAAGCGCUCUCUGCUCAGCCUCCAAGCACAGCGUGGGCCAUCAACGAGAGGGUAUCGCUCAUGUCACGCACUCUACGCUCCUUGUCCAGGUUUGACAGCUCAUGGAACGAGUGGACGUUUCCCCUGCCAGAGGCUGAGCGUGCCGCAGUCUUGGAGCAUCUGAUAUAUCUCAAUCUCUCUGGUUCCUCGACGCCUCUCGGGCUUCACGAUGCGGGAGUCGCUGCGCUGCUUCGCCUUUACACCCUAGACAAGCAUCCACUACGCCGCCUCCGUGUGUUGCUGCAUCUCUGCUAUCAGAACCUCGGCGAGGAGGAGCAGCUGGCCCAAAUCCUUCCUCUGGCUGAGGAGACGUUGGAGUGUGUCGAGACCGGAGACAAGGCGGGAGACGCCGCACUGGUCCGAUUUGUGCCCCAUCUGAAGGCCUAUUGCUUUUCCAUAUCUGCUCUGAUACGUGUAGAUGAAACCAUGCCUACGCUGCUCAGUCAGGCGAUUGACUCCUGGAAGUCCAUGGUUGGAGCUUGCCAGACGCAAGACGAGCUGUUGACAAUAAUCGACGACCCUCAGGGCCUCCUGGACCACCUGCAGUCAUUACACCAGCUUGCAGGUCUCAGGGGAGAGGCACGUCUCCAGCUUGCCAUUUCGGAGCUUACCAUCGCCGUAUCCAGGGUCUUUGUUGGAUCCACUGACGCCAACGGCGACAGAUUGGUUCUCAGCCAUAGUCAUUUGGCAGCGCAAUACGUACAUAUUGGGCUCUUCCCUCAGGCCCUCAAGACCCUGGAGGAAACUCAAGAGCUUAUCAGCCGCUACGAUGGCCUGUCGCGACAAGUCCAAGCCGAGUUCUACCUCUCGCAAGCAGAGUAUCACACCGGUAUUGGCGAGAUGGAGACUGCCGAGAUCUGCAACGCCCCCUAUUCUUCGUGGGCUCAGAGCAAGUCUCAGGCUUCAAUGGUCAUGUCCAUCACCGCAUUGCUGCAAUCUAUUGCUACUCUCCAAGCUGGGCAGCUGCAAGACGCACUAUUAUACGUCAAAACAAGCGUUCGACUACUCACUCACGAUUGGACCAAACUCGAAGCAGCGAUGGGGAGCGGCCCAAAGAAUGCAGCAGAUACGAGCCUGUCAGACUUGAACACUAGCAUCACAGACUUGACUACUUCAAGGGGUAAAGCAUCCGGCCCUCGGUUCUGGGCUCUGGCCAGCCCACUAAUUCGAAGCCUCUUGCACAUCUCGUCAGUGUACGCUCAUAUUGGCAUGUUCCAAGAGACGAUAUACUAUGCCGAGUCUGCUUGGAAGAUUGCAGAGAGCACUCAAUCCUCCCUCUACAAGUCACAAGUGGCCAUCUGGACCGGCUCGGUCUACCUCAGGGCCGGGAAGCUGCCCAAAGCGCUGGCCACUUUCAAGGAUGCAGAGGAGCAGCUACCACGCGAUAUCUGUUCCGCCCGCGUGCGGUUUGCUCGUCAACUCGGAGAAUUCUAUUGGGAGAUUGGAGAAGACGAGAAAGCUGCCGGGUACCUGAAGAUCGCUGAGGAGACUGCCCGUCUCCUGAGCACGGCCGUGAACGAGUCUGGCUGCAAUGGCGAUGAGGAACCCCCUGUUGCCUCAACCAGGACGACAAGGUCCACGAGAGCGACAAGGGCAAAAGCAGCUGCUGCCUUUGAGGGCCCAAAGCGCUCGGUCAAGGCGAAAGCUUCUCCUUUAGAAAAUACUGUGCAGCUAUCCAAGGACAUAUAUUACGCCUCCCUCCACGCCGCCAUCAUCAUGUCACGCACUCUAGGCCUGAUUCAUCAGAAAGACUGGAAAUCGGCUCUGCAAGCGCUGGAACAACUGAAAGAUCUUCCCAAACUUGUCAGUGUGCUGUCUCAAGAGCAGGUCCUGACAGCGGUGUCAUUGAUUGGCCACAGCAUGGAGCAGAUGACUUCCGAUCCCGUCUUUUCUGUCAUGCAGGAUUCAACCAUUUCCUUCCCGGCUGUCUCUGCGAUGGUUCUGUCAUCUCCCGUAAAGCAGUCGCUACUCAAGCCUGAAAGAGACCUCAGCUCUCCUGCCUUUGCCGAUGCGUUGAGACAAGCACAGGAGGUUCUCAUCGAAGCUCACGCCUCUGCCCUUUCGAGUGCCGACAGCAGCAUGGUUCGUCGCAUCUCUACGCUGCUCCAGAGCACCGUCAUCUUCCUGUCAGCCACACUGGCUUCGUGCAAGUCUCUUUCUGAGCCAAGCUUGGGCACGAUCGCUGUUGACAUGGCUCGAAAUGUCACCUGGCAGCGAGAGCAGCAGACGCUGGCUGGGCUCAAUCACGAUGCGGCCCCUAUCCGGAUUGCGACCUCAGUCCACAGGCCGCCCACGGCUGAGGCAAUGGCCGACAUGGCCAACUUUCAGGAGAACUACGUCGACUUGAUCCCGGAGAAGUGGAGCGUCAUCUCUGUUUCCCUGAGCGAUAACCGCCAUGAUCUCUGUAUCACUAAAUUCCAAGCAGGCCAGGGUCCAUUCAUCUUACGCUUACCCUUGGAGCGAGCCAACUCUCGAGAUGCCGAUUCCGAGGUUUUCAACUUUGAACACGGCCGCGAGGAGCUGCUGGAGCUGAUCAAGCUGGCCAACGAAAGCAGCCACUCUGCGCGAGAUUUUACUGCGAAGGGAGAGCGAGGUGCUUGGUGGGCGGAGCGACAGGCUCUCGACUCUCGACUGAAGAAGCUCUUGGUCACCAUCGAGACAACUUGGCUGGGAGGGUUCAAGGGCAUAUUCUCGCAGCAUCGCAAACAGGCAGACCUGCUGGCACGCUUCCAGCGAGAUUUCCACCAAAUGCUGGACAGGACUCUGCCUUCUCGGAACAAGAGCCGGGGCAAGAAGACGACGAUCAAGGCAGAGACGGUCACCUUGGAUCCCCGAAUCCUCGACCUGUUCAUUGGCCUCGGCAACCCGACUGAUCCCGACACAGACUUUGACGAGGCGAUGAACGACCUGCUUUACUUUGUCGUGGAUAUCCUACAGUUUCACGGCGAGCGAAAUGCUUACGACGAGAUUGAUUUCGACAGCAUGGUUCUGGGGACGUACGAUGCUCUGCGCGGAUAUCACAAUGCCGCGGCCGGCUCUUCAGAGAGGGAGGAGGGCACGCACACGGUGCUUGUUCUCGACAAGCUGCUGCAUGCGUUCCCUUGGGAGUCGCUGCCCUGCAUGGAUGGCCUCUCGGUGUCUCGAGUGCCGUCGCUCGCCUGUCUUCGUCAGCUCAUUGAGGAGGCUGGUGGAGGAGGUCCGGCCAAUGCAUCGCAAGGCCACUUCGUGUCGGCAAAGGCUGGCACGUACAUCCUCAAUCCGUCGUCUGACCUGACCAACACCCAAACCUUCUUCCAGCCGGCUUUCUCAAGCCUUGCCUCGUGGACCGGCAUCACCAACAAGGCGCCCAAGGAAUCCGAAUUCGAGCAAGCGCUGUCCACGGCUGAGAUCAUGGUGUACUUUGGCCACGGCAGCGGCGCUCAGUAUAUCCGCGGCAAGACGAUCCGCCGCCUGGACAAGUGCAGGCCGGCGACGUUCCUCAUGGGCUGCAGCUCCGCGGCCCUCACCGACGCGGGCGAGUUUGAGUGCUAUGGUCCCGUGUGGAACUACAUGAUGGCCGGGUGUCCGGCCGUCGUCGGCACGCUGUGGGACGUGACGGAUCGCGACAUUGAUCGGUUCGCCGGCAGGGCGUUUGAGGAAUGGGGGCUCUUUGCCAGGGGCACCUUUGAUAUCUCAUCGUCGUCAUUGUCGUCUAGCAAGGGGAAGGACAGGGCUAAGAGCUCUGCCGAGGAGGUGGAACAAGUGAUGGGGCUUGAUAAUGCUCCUGCUUCUUCUUCGUCUUCUGAUCAUGCUUCGCUCGCCGAGGCGGUAGCGAGGGCUAGAAGUGCGUGUCGCUUCAAGUAUCUUAAUGGCGCGGCGGUGGUUUUGUACGGAAUUCCUGUUUAUAUUAGAAAGGAGUGA